CGUUUAUAUCAAUCGUUGUUUAUUAAUGUUGAAGCAUGCUAUCAUCAUCAUUAUCAUACGCUCAAACCUUGACCUAUGAAUAGGCGUGCCUAGGCUACUAAACUGCUUCAUUUAUCUAAAGACAAACGGGCGGAAAUUGAUACAGCCUUUCAAAAAAAUGCCUCAGCUAAAUAAAUACUGGAAUGCACAAGGAGGGACCGUUCUUUCUUUCAGCUGCGCCAAAGUAGCACAUGUUGGACUAUAAAAUAUAUAUAUAUAUAUAAUAUAUUUAUAGCUAUAAAGACAGUAAACAAGCAACUGCUAGAGGGAGCUAACACGGAAAACGAUUUGAUACGAGAAGAAAACAUGCAUCGAUACCUCCUUUCCUAAUGCUAGUGGAUGCGUCUAGGUAAAUAAGCUAGGCGACACCAGGAACAAUGUGCAGUGGCGGCGGUCAUCACAACAACGCAUGGAUCGCGACCUCAUCCUGCCAGCUUCUGUGUUGCGGUGCUCUGGAAUUGCCUAAUAACAAUCUCAUUUCUGACAUAGGCUACAGCUUUCACAACGCACCACGCCUCCUCAUCAUUGAACGCACCUCGAUUAACCACCUUCGCCAGUGCACAGUGUGCUUUUCAAAGGGGAGCGAAAGAGAGACUGAUCCGCAUCUCCUCAUGUCGCGGAGAAAGGAACAUUGGAUAGACGAGGCAAGGAUGGGGGGUUUGACACUGAUUCUGCAUCCAUGAGCGCCUUCACUUCCAACAGAGUGUUGUUUUUUGGAACAGGUACCACUGGAUAGUUCUGGUGAGAGAGAAAGAAACUGCUGUUAAGAAGUUUGGAUGCAAAUGGCCACAACCACCAUGAUCUUUAUGAUUUUGGGGGCUUCACUUGUGAUGGCAGUAGCGUGUCUAACGGACAUGAACGCUCUACUAGACCGCUUUCACAACUACAUCUUACCACAUUUACGAGGGGAGGACCGCGUCUGCCAUUGCAACUGUGGAAGGCACCAUGUCCACUAUGUGAUCCCGUACGAUGGGGACCAGUCUCUGGUAGACUCGGCAGAGAACUACUUUGUGAGUGAUAGCGUGACCAAGCAGGAGCUGGACCUGAUGCUGGGGCUGCUGCUGGGCUUCCUCCUCAGCUGGUUACUGCUGUGGCUGGACGGGGCGCUGCACGCUGCCCUCAGGGCCUGGAGGGCCAAACAGCACCAUGAUGUGUUCUCCUGGUCAUGGGUUCCCCGCUUCUGUAACCUGAGAGACCUGGGGAGACGGGUGCACCUGAGGAAUCUGGAGGACUCCAGUGGGAACAUGGUGCACAUUAAGCAGAAGCUGUACCACAAUGGACACCCCAGCCCUCGUAACCUCUGAGAGCCAUGGCACAACGGCCACCCCAGCCCUCAUAACCUCUGAGAGCCAUGGCACAACGGCCACCCCAGCCCUCGUAACCUCUGAGAGCCAUGGCACAACGGCCACCCCAGCCCUCAUAACCUCUGAGAGCCAUUGCACAUUGGACACCCCAGCCCUCGUAACCUCUGAGAGCCAUGGCACAACGGCCACCCCAUUCCACAUCA